AUCUGGUCACACUGGAUAGCUUCCACACAUCCGCGCCGGGUAAUUUGAACGUGCUGGGUUAUCCAGCUGCCAUUCAUUGGAAAAUCGUCACGGUGCGCGCAUCAGCGGGAAAUCGUCGCGGAAAACUCAUCGAGUGUCCGAGGAAAGCGUGGAAAAUCGGGUGGAGAUAGCCAUAGCCUGGUUCUUGGCCCCGAGUGCAUGUUGCGAUUUCGUAUUCGAUUCCCAUCCGAAUUGGGAAUUAUGUGCGCUUGAGAUUUUUUCGGCCAAAACGGCACUGUGCCAAAUGCUCUGACAAAUAAUCCUCGUAAUAAUCUGUCGGAUUAAAAUGCGCGCCACAUAAAAUUAAAAAAAGUGAACAGCGGAAAUUGCAAGUUUUUUGUCAGUCAGAGUGCCAACAGAAAAAGCAUAAAAAAAACUCGUAACGCAGAAGCAGAAACUGUAGAACGGGAAUAAAAACUAUUUAAUAAGUGAUUCAGCGAGAGAUAUAUAUUAUAAUCUGAAGAUGGCCAACAGCCGGAGCAAUUUGCUGACAAUCGGAUUAAUUCUGACCCUGGUAGCCAGUGGUCAGGCCCACCUCAACAUCUUCCUCAACUUGCACGAGGUGUUGCGGCUAAUCGGAGUCUCUGCGGAACUGUACUACGUGCGUGAGGGCGCCAUCAACGACUAUGCCUUGAACUUCGCCGUCCCAGUUCCGGCGAACAUCAGCGACGUGACCUUCACUUGGCAGUCGCUGGUGGAGCACCCACUGCCAUACAGCAUCAACAUUGCCACCUCCGACACGGAGGUAUUGCCUCGGCCUUUGCUGAACAUUUCCCGGAUUGGCGAUGUGCCCAUGGAGCCCCAGACCUGGGGCAUUGCUCUUAAGUGCUCGGGCACUAGGAAUGCCGAGGUCACUGUCACCAUCCACGUGGAGGUGAUUCUGGACAGGGCCACCAACAACAACACCAACCUGAUCUUCAAGCGGAAGAAGAUCUGUCUGAAAGAGGAACAGGAUAGUGCUCACGAGGAAUAUGAUGACGAUGACGUGGAUCUGCUGCAUCCGGCUCUGGGCGGCCACAAUUCGGACAUUCACUACGUGGAUCGCAACGACGACCACCUUGUGGCCAAUGGGCACGUGGCUCCCGAUGGAGACAAGAAGAAACACAGGCCAAUCGUCACCGAGCCGGCGGUGAAUGUGGGGCGUGGCAACUCCGGAGGCGGAAACAAGGGCGACUACGAUCCCAUGCUGCGCGAGAACCUGGUGCCCCCGGCAAGUGGCCUGGUUACUCUGGUGGUGGGCGGCAUUCUGGCCUUGGUGCUGGUCUCCACCCUCAUCCUGAUCGCCUACUGCGCCAAGGGACCCUCGAAGCGACAUCCCUCGAACGGUGUCCACCUGAUCAAGACCUCCAGCUUCCAGCGCCUGCCCACCAUCUCGUCCACCGCCCACAACUCGAUCUACGUCUGCCCAUCGACCAUCACACCCACAUACGCGACACUGACGCGGCCCUUUCGCGAAUAUGAGCAUGAGCCUGAGGAGUUCAACCGCCGUCUCCAGGAGCUGACAGUCCAGAAGUGCCGCGUGCGACUCUCCUGCCUCGUCCAGGAGGGAAACUUUGGGCGCAUCUAUCGCGGCACUUACAACGACUGCCAGGAGGUACUGGUCAAGACUGUCGCCCAGCACGCCAGCCAGCUGCAAGUGAACCUCCUCCUCCAGGAGUCCAUGAUGCUUUACGAGGCCUCGCACCCGAACAUCCUCAGCGUUCUGGGCAUCUCUAUCGAGGAUUAUGCCACGCCCUUUGUCCUCUAUGCCGCCACGGGCAGUGUCCGGAACCUAAAGAGCUUCCUGCAGGAUCCGACAUAUGCCAGGAGUGUGACCACCAUUCAGACAGUGUUGAUGGCUUCCCAGCUGGCCAUGGCCAUGGAGCACCUUCACAAUCACGGCGUCAUUCACAAGGACAUUGCAGCCAGGAACUGUGUUAUCGAUGACCAGCUGCGUGUUAAGCUCACAGACAGCGCCUUGAGCCGCGAUCUGUUCGCCAGCGAUUACAACUCCCUGGGCGAUGGAGAGUACAGACCCAUCAAGUGGCUCUCCCUGGAGGCACUGCAAAAGUCCCAGUACAGCGAGGGCAGUGAUGUUUGGUCCUUUGGCGUCUUGAUGUGGGAGAUGUGUACUCUGGGAAAGCUGCCCUAUUCUGAGAUUGAUCCUUAUGAGAUGGAACACUAUCUCAAGGAUGGCUACCGACUGGCUCAGCCUUUCAACUGUCCUGAUGAGCUGUUCACCAUCAUGGCCUACUGCUGGGCCUCCAUGCCGAGCGAGCGGCCCUCGUUCAGCCAGCUGCAGAUCUGCCUAUCGGAGUUCCACACCCAGAUCACCAGAUAUGUUUAACCGGCGGUGCUGCAGCAUGCCAAGACCUGUAAAUACAACAAGAGGCGGCGUCGCAAGAUUUUCCAGCAGACCACGUCGGCCACCUUGAAUCCAAAGACAUAUUUAAAAGGUAGCGUCUAGUUAUUUGGGACUUUUGGAGAGAGUCCCCCCCCUUGGCAUUAAAUAGAACCGCGUCUGACUUGCGGAGAAACCGAAAUUAAAUGAAAGUUUACUGCCCCCGGAAAUUUCUCUCAUCGUAACUCCUAGUUUGUAAGGUAGCCAUGUGGCAGUAAGGACAUGUGACAUUUCAAUGCAAGAAAUUAGGCUUAAAAAUAAAAGGAUACUUACACACACCUCUUGAUAUCCCAAUGUUGCAGACACGCACGAGUUAAAUGCCCAGUUAGGAGUUUUCAAAUCAAGUAUAUUAUACCCCUUGAGAACUCAAUCGUAACAUAUGUAUAUGGUAAUCAUAGCUAAAGCAGAUCCAAUAAAUCAGAAAACCAAUUAAAUUAGGAUAGGUCCCCUGGAAACAAAAACAAGAAUAUGUCGUAGUUUGAUGGAGAACGUUGCAAGUUUGUCAUAAUAAUGGGAUAUCCAUACGAUACCAGAACAUACAAUAUAUCCACAUAAGUGUAUUCACGUGUAUGUGCUAAUGAUGAUGUCUAAGAACCGUAGUGAUAGUAAGAACUCGAAAUAUUUAUCUAAUGUUAGAG